AUGAUGGCGGAGACGGACGAUACCGACAUGAUGAUGAACUACAACGGGGAUUUCUUGAAAAGCGACAAAAAAAACAACCGCUACCCGUUCUGCGUUGUCUGGACACCCAUUCCUAUUUUAUCGUGGCUGCUCCCCUUUAUUGGUCACAUGGGUAUAUGCACCUCUUCUGGAGUCAUAAGAGAUUUUGCAGGAUCAUACUUUGUCUCGGAGGACAACAUGGGCUUUGGUAGGCCAACAAAGUACUGGAAGCUUGACGUGGACAAAGUUUGUGGCCACGGUGCUGCUACAUGGGACAAAGCAGUUCUUGAUGCAUCCGAGGAAUAUAAAUGUAGGCCGCACAAUUUGUGCUUAGAUAACUGUCAUUCCCACGUCGCCAUGGCCCUUAAUCUCAUGCGCUACGACAACAGCACAUCUUGGAACAUGGUGAACUUGUGUGUACUUUCUCUCAUACAUGGGAAACAUGUGAGCUGGGCGGCAUUCCUCAAGACCUGGCUUCCCUUCCUCAUGCUCUGCGGAUUCCUCGGCACAUUCAUCCUAACAUUAAAUCUGUAGUAAUGUAUCGAGCAGUACAACUGAAUGACUCAUAGACUGUGGUUAUACUUUAUAUUUUGACAUUUCUUUGACAUGAAUGAUUUGUUUUUAUGGGACACUUGUUUGUACAAAAAAUACCACAUGAAAGACUUCAUUGCCUGUAGUGAUCUGUAGUGCUGUUGUAAUGUCUGUGAGGGCAAGGGCAAACUGUUUAUGGGUAGUUUUGAAAUCUGUAAUCAGCUUUUGAAGUUUUGUUGGUUAUUUUUCCUUCAAAGUGUAUCAUUUAGUAAUGUGUUUAUACUGUCUAAAACAUAUCUUCCAAGAUGACCCCGUUUUCCACAAAGUGUUUUUGUUUUUGUCAUUACAAGCAUUAAAAAUGGGCUGUGCCUCUUUCCUGAUUGCAAACCAGUUGAGUUCCACAUGUAUUUUUCAUGAACAGCAGUGAUGAAUGGGUUUCCAGACUAGCUAAUGUACAUUUCAGGAAUGAAGCGCCGCAAAAUGUAUCACGAAAUCUUAAUGCUGAAGGUAUUCAUCAAUUAUUUGUGAGAGAUAUGAACUGCUACCAACGACAGAAUGAUGUAGGACCCACAUGAGGAAAAAUAGUGGUAUUGGCCUAAAGAAAUGUCCUCUUUCCCUCAGUCUAUCUUCCUCUGGUACAUAAAGAUAAACGUGUGAAGUGCUUGUUGUUUUUGUUUUUUUGUUUUUUUACAUGCUGUUAGUAUUUACAUUUCUCCACAAAGAAUUUGAAUGCUUUCAAACUGUGCAUCCGCAUGCUGGAAUGUCAUAUACAGUAACUAA